GCAAUCGCUACCAACUCGGGCACCCGCAUCUGUACCUUUGCAGCACCAGAAAGGCGCGGCCGUAAAUUGCAAGCUGACCAGUUCACCAACGAAGUGUGCGGCAUGGUGAGAUACCGUCUCUCGAACGCGACUCUGGCUACUGGUAGACCUCCAAUCCCGCAGGCAUACCAGUGGGCAGAUGCGUACCAGGCCACACACGAUCGUCCGCUGUUGGACAUGUCACAGGGUGUACCGGGCGUCCCUCCGCCUCAAUCCUUCCUGGAGGCUCUCGGCGCUGCGGCAUCCUCCCCAGGCAGCUGCGGGUAUCUUCCAAACGUCGGGGAACCUUCCUUGAGGACAGUAAUGGCACAAGAGAUCAAUAUUCGCUAUGGUCCCGACGCCGAUGUCACUCAGGACGACAUCGCGAUCACGGCUGGCUGCAACCUCGCGUUCGUCGCUGCUGUGACUACUCUAGCGGACUCAGGCGACGAAGUGAUUCUCCCCGUGCCAUGGUAUUUCAAUCACGAGAUGACCAUGACUAUGCUUGGUAUCAAACCUGUCCUCCUCCACACUUUCGCGAAAGAAGGCUUUCUGCCAUCUCCCGAGCGCUGCGCGGCUCUCAUUACAUCGAAGACCAAGGCGGUCGUCCUAGUCUCGCCAAAUAACCCCACUGGUGCCGUCUACCCGCCCAGUCUCAUUGCGGCUUUUGCGAAGCUGGCUCACAAAUAUAAUAUCGCUUUUGUCUUGGAUGAGACCUACCGCGACUUUAUCCUCAACGGCGUUCCACAUCGCCUCUUCUCUCGCCCCACUACUUCACUUGAAGGGGAGCUACCCCAAGACUGGGAAUGGCGCUCGACGUUCAUCCAUCUCUUUUCCUUCUCCAAGUCGUACUGUAUACCCGGUCACCGUGUCGGCCUCGUCUGCGCGUCCCCGAACGUCAUCCCCUCCCUGAACAAAGUUCUCGACAAUAUCCAGAUCUGUGCGCCGCGCCCGCCACAGAUCGCGCUCGCCACCGUCGUACCCUCUCUCCGUUCGUUCGUCCGGGAGACUGCAGAGGCGGUUGCUCACAGACACAAGCUCUUCCGCGAACGCCUCCCCCUGCGAUGGAAGAUCGGCUCCCAAGGAGGGUACUACGCUUUCGUGCGCCAUCCCUUCGCUGGCGUACAUGCGAACGAAGUUUGCAAGCGGCUAGCGCAGGAACUUGGCGUUAUCACACUUCCUGCAGGUUUCUUCGGGCCCAAAAGAGAAGAAAACGCGACCAUUAUGGAUGAAGAUAGAUGGAUCCGGUUUUCAGUGGCGAACGUAGAUGACGAGAAGGUCGAGCAGGUUUGCCAGCGACUUGCUGAGAGCGAGUCAGAGUUCGAAUGGAAUCUAGACUAGAUUUGAGGAACCUGGAUUCGACAAAGACGCUUUGCAGUGGUAUAUAUGCGAGGUCGGAAUGGCAAAAGUGGACCCUCCGAGAAUCGAACUCGGGACCCUUGCAUAUCAUAUGGUAACC